GGCGGGAUAUAGCGCGGCGCAGGGGCCGGCCCCGGGCACCGCCGCUCUCCGCCCCGGCCCGUGCAGGACGAUGCGCGCCCCGUGGCUCUGGCUGGCCGCCCUGGCCCUGGCCGCCGGCGCGGCGCUGGCCAAGGACCGGCCCCCGCGGCUGCUGGGGGGGCUGAUGGACGCCGAGGAGAACGACGAGGGGGUGCAGCGGGCGCUGCGCUUCGCCAUGAGCGAGUACAACAAGGCCAGCAACGACAAGUACCGCAGCCGGGUGGCCGAGGUCAUCCGGGCCCGCAAGCAGAUUGUGUCUGGAGUCAAGUACUAUCUGAAUGUUAAGGUUGGCCGGACAACUUGCACGAAGUCAUCAACGGAAGUUCAGGACUGUGAAUUUCAUGAAAAACCAGAUCUGGCUAAGCACGUCACUUGCAGCUUCGUAGUGUACACUGUUCCUUGGCUAAACCAAAUUAGCCUGGUGGAAAAUAAAUGCCAAUAAGCACCUGUUUGUUCCCGCACACGUCGGCAACCAGUUGUUGUAGGUUUGCUGUUUAAAAAAAAAAAAAAAAAAGCAAUAAUCUGAAUUACCCUCUCGAGAUGGGCUUCUGUCCAUUGCUGUUAACUGAAAUGCUUAUGUAUACUUGUGCUAUGCAAGUAAAGCUAUAUAACCUUCCUUUGAAGCACAAUAGAAUGGUUUGUUUCUUACCUAUAAUUACUUUGUUCCUCCAGUCUUUCCUUUCAAAUAAAACAUUAACCUAACUUGUCAACAUCAGAGGUUUUGAGAAAUGUCUGUGUCCCUGUUACAGAAACUGUCAGAAUUAAAAACUAAUUAACCA